CUUCCUCAUAAACUGUAAAGGCAACAAUGGCUGCCUUCGUCGUUGAUCUCCAAGUCAUCUUCAUCUUCAUUCUCGUAUGGCUCUUCUCAGCUUUCUUUCUCUUCAAGAAACCCAGAAAAUCAAACGUCCGUCUUCCUCCUAGCCCACCGGCUCUACCAGUUAUCGGUCAUCUUCAUCUUCUUCUGUCGAUUCCAUGGUUCAAAUCCUUUCAAAAGCUUUCCUCCAAAUACGGUCCUUUCCUCCAUCUCCGCCUCUGCAACACCUCCAUUGUUCUAGUGUCGUCAGCUUCAGUGGCCAACGAAAUCUUCAAGACGCAAGACGUGAACUUCUCGGACCGUAACCAUGGAGUCACCGAAAACUCGUUACUGUUCAGCGACUCCGGCUUCUUGCUCGCACCCUACGGCGCUUAUUGGAAGUUCAUGAAGAAGGUCGCCAUCUCUGAGUUACUGGGACGGCAGUAUCUCGAGAGGACUCGCGAGAUUAGGGGCGAAGAGCUCGAUAGGUUUUACGUUACCUUGCUUGAGAAGGCGAAGAGGGGCGAGCCUUUUGAUGUGGUUAACGAGAUGACGAAGCUGAGCAGCAAUGGCUUGUCAAGGAUGUUGAUGGGAAGAAAGAUGUCUGAGGAAAAUGGGGAGGCGGAACAAGUGAAAGAUUUGGUCGUCAAGUCGUUCGGUUUGAUGAGAAAGCUGUUCUUGGCGUAUGGACUCCGACCGCUCAAGAAAAUCGGGAUUUCGUUUUUCGAGAGGGAGAUCCGAGAGGUUUCUCAAAAGUUUGAUGAGUUGCUCGAGAAGAUUCUGAGGGAACACGAAGAGAAUCCAAACAGAGAGCAAAAGGACACCAUGGAUCUUCUAUUGGAAGCUUACCACGACGAAAACGCUCAGUAUAAGAUCUCGAGGGACCAGAUGAAGUCGUUUUUGGCGGAUAUUUUGAUUGGAGGCAUCGAUAGCUCGGCGAGAUCAACGGAAUGGAUAAUGGCAGAGCUCAUCAACCAUCCUAACAUCCUUAAAAAAGUGAGAGAUGAGAUCGAAUCUGUUGUCGGGAAAGACAGGAAACUCAGGGAGUCAGAUGUUUCGAGCCUCCCGUACUUGCAGGCCGUCGUUAAAGAAGGGCUAAGGCUACACCCUCCGGGCCUUCUAGUGUUCAGGAAAUGCCGAGAAUGGUGCAAGAUCCGAGGGUUUGACGUGCCCGAAAACACACCGGUUGUCAUUAACAACUACGGGAUAAUGAGAGAUCCGAACUCUUGGGAAAACCCGGACGAGUUUCGCCCCGAGAGAUUCUUCGGUUCGUCCGCGGAAGAAAACCGGGAACAGAGUUUCAAGUUCCUCGUCUUCGGGGGCGGAAGAAGGGCUUGUCCCGGAGAAAAAUUGGCCUAUCUUUCCAUAGGAGCAGCCGUAGGGACAAUGGCCCAUUACUUUGAUUGGAAAAUUGAUGGAGAAAAGGUUAACGUAGAAGAAUCCGGAGGCAUGGACUUGGCCAUGGCUCAUCCGCUCAUGUCUGUCCCUGUUGUCCGCUUCACUCCGUCAGCUUCUGUCUAAACGAAGCUUCUGCUACAUCUGUUUGUCGCUUUGCUUCUAAAUUUUUAUCACUAAAGUUGUUGUUGUCGUGAAAUCUGUUUUGUUAUGGCUUUGAUGAAAUAAACGCUUUAUACAACCUU